AUGGACGCCGAGGACGCCGACCCGGACAAGCUUGGCUUUGACCCUUUCGAUGUCACGAAGGUCUAGCCUAGGUCACAGUUUCCCAUGCAGGAGUUUGGCCGCCUUGUUCUGAACAAGAACCCCGAGAACUUCCAGCGUGACGUCGAGUCUGCCGCAUUCUCACCUGGCAGCAUGAUCCCUGGUAUCGAGGACUCACCCGACUACUGGCACAAGGGCAAGAAGAAUGACUACGCGCAAGCUACUGAGCUCUGAUCGCGUGUCAUGACCGAAGAGCAGAGGAUGAACACUAUCGAGAACACCGGUAACAUGUUGAAGUUCGUCUCUACUCCUGUCAUCCAGAAGAAGUACCUCGCACAGGUGUACAACAUCGCGCCCGACUAUUCGCAGGGCAUCUAAGACUUCCUGCCCAAGAAGGACUUCGCGUUCUCUGAGGUUGAGGGUCUCGCCGUCGAUGCGCACAUCUGGUACAAGGAGAAGAAGUUCCGCCCUAGCAACGGCGAAAAACCGGUCGGCUAUGUACCGACUAUGCCCAUCUGCAAUCAGAUUCUGGAGCCCACGAUGAUGUCUCAUGAUUCAAUGAAUGAACUUUGAACGAUUGCC